GCCCCGCGCGGCUCGCGCCUGCGCAAGCCCUGGUCUCCUCCGCCCGGAUGCGGUCACGUGCCCACCGGGCGAGGCGGGGGCGGAGCAUCGCGGGUGGUGGGGGCGGGGUAUGGCGCGCUGUGCGGCGCAGGGCGGCUGGCACAAACGGCGGCGCCGGGGCCGGAGGAAAAACCUCGCCACCGUGACAGGUCCCUUCCCAAGCCCCUAGGGACAGCAGAGGACUUGGGGACCAGCAAGCACCCCCAGGGCACGAGAAAAGCCUCUGCCAUCUGCCCUGCCUCAUCCUGCCCCACGCCAGGCCCAGCCGCCCCGGCCCCCGGCUGCAUCAAGUGGAGGAGGAGGAGGUGGAGGAGGGUGGCACCAUGGGCCUGGGCCGUGCCCUCCAUGCGCGGGGGAUGAAGACACUGCUGCCAUGGACAGCCCGUGCCAGCCGCAGCCCCUGAGUCAGGCUCUCCCUCAGUUGCCGGGUUCGGUGUCAGAGCCCUUGGAGCCUAGCAGGGCCAGGAUGGGGGUGGAGAGUUACCUGCCCUGUCCCCUGCUGUCCUCCUACCACCGUCCAGGAGGGCCUGGUGAGGCCUCGGCGGGGAGUGGGACCCCCAGAGCCACAGCUACUUCCACCACAGCCAGCCCCCUGCGGGAGGGCUUCGGUGGGCAGGAUGGCGGCGAGCUGCGGCCGCUGCAGAGUGAGGGUGCUGCGGCACUGGUCACCAAGGGGUGCCAGCGACUGGCAGCCCAGGGCGCCCGGCCCGAGGCCCCCAAACGGAAAUGGGCAGAGGAUGGUGGGGAUGCCCCCGCCCCCAGCAAGCGGCCCUGGGCCAGGCAGGAGAACCAGGAGGCGGAGGCAGAGGGGGAGGGCUGCAGCAGUGGCAGUGGUGAGGCCAGCGCCGGGCUGAGGGAGGAGGUGCUGCCCGCUGCGCCUGAGCGCCUGGCCCUGGACUAUAUUGUGCCCUGCAUGCGGUACUAUGGCAUCUGCGUCAAGGACAGCUUCCUGGGGGCGGCACUUGGUGGCCAAGUGCUGGCAGAGGUGGAGGCCCUGAAGCGGGGCGGGCGCCUGCGUGAUGGGCAGCUAGUGAGCCAGCGGGCUAUCCCGCCACGCAGCAUCCGUGGGGACCAGAUUGCCUGGGUGGAAGGCCAUGAGCCAGGCUGCCGAAGCAUCGGUGCCCUCAUGGCCCACGUGGAUGCUGUAAUCCGCCACUGUGCUGGGAGGCUGGGCAGCUACGUCAUCAAUGGGCGCACCAAGGCCAUGGUGGCAUGUUACCCAGGUAACGGGCUGGGGUACGUGAGACACGUUGACAAUCCCCAUGGCGAUGGGCGCUGCAUCACCUGCAUCUAUUACCUGAAUCAGAACUGGGACGUCAAGGUGCAUGGCGGCCUGCUGCAGAUAUUCCCUGAGGGCCGUCCCGUGGUAGCCAACAUUGAGCCACUCUUUGACCGGCUGCUCAUUUUCUGGUCUGAUCGGCGGAACCCCCAUGAGGUGAAACCAGCCUAUGCCACCAGGUACGCCAUCACUGUCUGGUAUUUUGAUGCCAAGGAGCGAGCAGCAGCCAAAGACAAGUAUCAGCUAGAAAGGUGUCCAAGUACCCGUAUCACAGCCGACUACGCCCACCUAGUGGCUGGCCCCAGAGCUGCGCAGACAGACAGCUUGCCCUGACUUCGGGGGAGCCCUGGGCCCCGGUGCCGCCAGUCACGGUGCCUGCUCCUUCCCCGCCACUGCCGCUGCUUCUGACUUUGCCUCUGUUCUGCCUGGUGUG